AUGCUGUGUGCCGAAGGUCUGUUUGGAGGCACUGGUGCCAUCGGCGUCAAGGGUAAUGACGCGAUCGCCAUGUUUGAGUGGGAGGAGCUGCGGCUGAUUCGUAAGAUCGACGUGGUGGUCAAAAAUGCAGUGGUGGCACAGUCUUUUGCUGCUGGCACGAACUCACCUGAUGAAAGUAUUGAUGGCGCCUUUGAUCUGCUCCACAAAAUCUCUGAGAAGGUUGACACGGGCACCUGGGUUGGAGAUUGCUUGAUGUACACUAACGCUGGCGGUAGACUCGACUACUACGCGCGCGAGUUCCCGGGUGAGGACCCAUUGGAGGACGUGCUGAACGGUAUGGAUCCUCCAUUGCCUAGCCAGAUCAACGUGUUGGUGAAGCUACCGGGACAAAUUGCAGAUGCUGGUUUGCUUUAG